GUUUGGUCUUGGAUUUGGAGUAAAAAGCCUUGAGAGAAGCGAGAGAAAGAGGAGCACUUUAUUCUCUUGAAAUUGGAUACUUUAAUCAACUCCUAGAACAAGGAUUCGAAGGAGAGAGUACUCCCCUCGCCUUCUCCUUCUCCUUCUCCUUCUCCUACUCCUUCUCCUUCUCCUCUCACUUUCACACUCUGUCAUCACCACCAUUCUUUUCUUCUCCUUCCCCAAAAUCCAAGCUUUUUCAUUUCCAUGCAGUUGGUUCCAUACCUCCCAGUUCUCAGAAUCUUAUACUUAUAGUCUCCUUUCUUCAGUCGCCAGUCCUUCACAUCAGAAGCCGUCUGGGGAAAGGGCAAAAAAUUGCGAUUUUUUUUCUUUUUCUAAAGAGAAUCUGGCAGUGAUCCUGUCUACUUCCUUUGGUCUUGUUACACGUUAGAAUUUGCUACUAAAUCGAUUGGCAAGGGGAAGUAAAGUACUACCUCGUCUUUAUUUUCCAUCAAAAAUCUCUGCUUCGCCAUCCAGUUCUUGGGAGAAUCCAAGAAACAGUGCGAGGAAGAGGGGAGUUGGCUUCUUCCUGGUGUUCUAUCAAAUGCCUGAGUCAGUUGCAUGAGGACAUUCUGAAACAAUGAAAGAUGGGAGUUGGAAGAAAAGCAAGCUCUCAUGGUCCAAGGCCUUUGUCAGAAAAUGGUUCAACAUCAGGAGCAAAACCCAGGACUUCCAUUCAGAUGAUGUUGGAAGAGGAGGGGAGGAGGAAUGGAGGGGCAGCAUUGCAGGGAUGGAAGCAUUCUCUGUCAAGAAAAGCAAAACAGAGAGGCUGUCCAAGAAGAAAUCUGAUCAAGCUCGGAGAGGAAAGAUUGAUCUGAAUGCAUCUGAAGUCACUGAAACACUCCAUUAUAGGAUCUUUGUUGCUACAUGGAAUGUAGGUGGCAAAUCCCCACCUAGUAACUUGAAUCUUGAUGAUUGGCUUCAUACCUCACCUGCUGCAGACAUAUAUGUGCUUGGAUUUCAGGAAAUUGUCCCUCUUAAUGCCGGAAAUGUUCUUGGAGCAGAAGACAAUGGUCCUGCAAAGAAAUGGGUGUCUCUCAUUAGAAAGACACUGAACAAUCUCGCCGGCAAUAGCAGCAGCGGUAGCUUCCAGACCCCCUCCCCUAUUCCCAAUCCUGUCAUGGAGUUGGAUGAUGAUUUUGAAGGAACGUCUACUAGACCAACAAGUUUCUUCCAACGUCGAUCAUUCCAGUCCUUGAGCCGUAGUAUGAGAAUUGAUGGAGAUAUUUUGGCUCCACAACCAAGGCUAGAUCGUCGGCAUAGUGUUUGUGAGCGAGUUAUGUUUGCAAACAGAAGAAGUGACUAUGAUCCCAAUUAUCGAUGGGGCGGCUCUUCAGAUGAUGAUAACAUUAGUGGAGAUUCACCUAGCACAACAACAUACUGUUCACCAGUGUCCUAUGGCUAUGGAGCUUCCACAUCAAUGGAGGCAGGGCAAUCAAGAUACUAUUUAGUGGCAAGCAAGCAAAUGGUUGGAAUAUUUCUUACCAUAUGGGUAAGAGGGGAGAUAAGAGAGAGUAUAAGGAACUUGAAGGUCUCUUGUGUUGGCCGAGGGUUGAUGGGCUAUCUCGGUAACAAGGGAUCAAUUUCAGUCAGCAUGUCUUUGCACCAAACAAGCUUCUGCUUCAUCUGCAGCCAUUUGACUUCCGGACAGAAGGAUGGAGAUGAACUAAGAAGGAAUUCAGAUGUGAUGGAGAUUAUAAGAAAGACGAGAUUCCCACCGGUCGGUGGGUUUUAUGAUGAAAGGUCACCUGAAACUAUCCUCGAGCAUGAUCGAAUAAUUUGGCUCGGGGAUCUAAAUUACAGAAUUUCUCUUUCGUAUCGCUCUGCCAAGGCUCUUGUCGAAAUGAGGAACUGGAAAGCUCUGUUGGAGAAAGAUCAGCUUCGGAUAGAACAAAGAUGGGGUCGGGUGUUUCAGGAUUGGAAUGAAGGGAAAAUAUAUUUUCCUCCCACUUACAAAUAUUCAAACAACUCAGACAGAUACACAGGAGACGACAUGAACUUGAAAGAAAAACGUCGAACACCUGCAUGGUGCGAUAGAAUCCUGUGGUAUGGAAGUGGCCUCAACCAGCUCUCUUAUGUACGCGGAGAAUCGAAAUUCUCCGACCAUAGACCGGUUUCUAGCAUUUUUAUAGCAGAAGUCGAGUCAAUUAAUCAUAGCCGAAUACAGAACAUGAAUUGCUCUAGCUCUCAAGUGAACAUAGAUGAACUUUUGCAGUUCUCCAAUGGGUAUACAGAGCUGAAUUUCUUUUGAAGAGUGCAUCAAUACAGUUGGCUUAAACAGGAUCUUCCUUGUAUAUUCAUUCAACAAUCCUUUCACUGAUAAAGCAACUGAUUUGCUAAAGGUCAAUGGUGAACCCAAGGAUUGCAAGCUUUUUUUCCUUUGAUGUUCUGUUUAUCAAUUUCAAGUUGGUCUGUCUUUCUUUGAAGAUACAAACAGGAAGAGAGGCAAAUAGUAUGGGGCAAAAGAGAUUGAACCUUCAAUGGAGAACAUUAGCCUCAGUAGUCGGAACCAAGUUUGUUCAAAUGAGCAAUCAAUGGACACAAGAAUUCUUGCUCUAGGUGACACAGAGCUAUAAAGAGAUCCUGACAGAACUAACAUAAGCGACAGUUCAUCAUCAACCACAGGCCAAACUACUCGAGUCCCUUUUUUUUAUUGGUACUUUUGAUCAUUUUAUGUCAGGGCAGGUGAAAACUUGCAGUUUGGGGUGGAAAAGUAGGAAGCUGACAAUAAUAACAUUUACCAUUCUUUUUCAUUUUGUAUUCUAGAAAAAAAGGGCAAUGAACAUCUUCAUGCACACUCAUUGCACUGGGGAUAAAGAAGUGUAGGCUAUAAUAAGCUGUUGCAAGAGCAUGGGCAAUGAUCUUUAAACUGCAAAAGGCUAUUCUUA